UGGCCGUCGUCGAGGUCGAGUUAUAUGGCGUACCAAUCUCUAGCCGAUUUAUAAAUACACCUGCCAUGUACUGUCGAAAGCGUAGAACUUCACAAACCGCUGGUGGUGACUUACAACCCUCUGACCGUUCAUCGUGCUACUCAGGAGUUCAUCAUGAAGCUCAUUGCUGCCCUAGUUGUCGCCGUGGUUGCUGUUGCUGCCGAGGCAGGAUACGUCGAUCCGUACGAGACAGGACUUGCCGUGGCGCAUCACGACGGUGCGUAUUAUGGCGAUCAUCACGACGAUGGAUAUGCUGCGCUAGGACAUCACGUCGCACCGUAUGGUGCUCACUAUGGCGCCUACCAUUACGAUCCAUCCGGUACCUUCAGCUACUGGGGCAGUCAUGGACCGACGGUGGUGCAACAGAACGCUGCCAGUCUAGCCCAUCCAGUCUAUGGUGCGCAUCCGUAUGCACCAUACUCGACGCCUUAUGGGCUGUAUGGUGCCCCAGGAGCGACUGUAGUACAGGCUAAUUUGGCCACCAAUCAUUGGGAAUACCCGGCUGUCUAUGGUGCAACUUACGGACAUGGUUACGGGUAUGACAAGUAUCUAGCCACUGCACCGACCACCAAAUAUCUCCUGUAACCGAUGGAACGGUUAUUCUCCGGAGGAAUUCAAUAAAGUAUGAAUUCUCCA